AGAAGACAGACAGCUACUGACAUCAAACCACCACCCACCCACCAACCCAACCAUGACUCCCUUCCUCCUGUUCUUCGUUGCCCUGGCAACUGCUUCUCCAAUGAGGAGGCAGACUAUGAUGCUGGAUGCAGAUGGCGACGGACUGAUCUCCAAGCAGGAGGUCAUGAACGCGAUGACACUGCACGACGCUCUGGUCGCCUUGGACAUUGAUGACGACGGGUUCCUCUACCUGCCGCAGAUCGUCGAACUCUUCGGUAGCGGAGACAUCUUUUACCAGCUGAACAACAACGGCGACGACCAUCUCACCAUCGGCGAGUUCCAGCACGGGCUCAACCUGGGCGAGUUCUUCGACCUCUUCGACAAGAACGGUGACGGAGUCCUGGACAACACAGAAUCGUACCAGAUGAACUACAUCUACAACACCAUCCAGAACCCCGACGCUGCCAUCACUAACGCUCUCGACGCCAACGGAGACGGCAAGCUCUCCAAGCUCGAGGUUCUGGGCGCCUUCACACUGGAUGAAGCCAUCGUCGCCAUAGACAUGAACGGAGACGGCUUUCUGACCGCGCAGGAGAUGUUUCCGGUUUAUGGUAACGAUUCCCAGGCUCUUUUGGACUCCCUGGACACCGAUAUGGACGGCCAGCUGUCCUAUGACGAGGUGAAGGGCGGAACUUCACUGGACACCAUCUUCGACAUCUUCGACGUAGACGGGGAUGGCUACCUCAGCCUUAAUACGUCUGAAGUCGACGGGGUUCUUUAUGUGUACAACGCGAUCAAGACCAACCCCGAUCUAGUCCACGGGGGUCUGGACGCUGACGGCGACGGCAAGAUCAGCCUGGCUGAAGUGGAACUCGUCAUGACCAUGCACCAGGCUCUGGUGGCCGCAGACCAAGACGGUGACAACCACUUGAAUGAGCAGGAGUUCGUCAUGUACGUGGGAGACCAGCUGCUGUUCAACAUCUUGGACCACAACAGUGACGGGACCCUGAGCUUCGGAGAGAUGCACAACCUCGGCUUGGACACCCUCUUCAACUACCAGGACACGAACGGUGACGGGUUCUUGGACGGCACUGAAGCGGACAAGAUAACGUACAUCUAUGACAUGGUCAUGGCGGCCGACCAGUAACCACGACCUAACUGCCAUCAAUCCUGUAGCUCACCAACCUGACAACUGACUGUUUCCUGAUGGCAGCUUCUGCAGUAGCAACAAUGCAACAAGUAGAGGCUAAAAUAGAAAAGUAGAGGCAAAAUAAAACUUGCUAAGCACGAAUUGAAUAAAGUUUUUUUGAACAUUU